UUGGGCACUGAAGAAAACAAAAGCCCAGAAGGCGUUCCGAAGUAAAGGCCACGGCGAGAUGGGAUGAGAGUUGAGCCCAAUCCAGGCCCAUUAAGUCUUCAGAACGCAUGGUUGGCGGGAAAAUUGUUGUCAGCGAGUACGUAGGUGCGCCACUGUACAGGUAUGGAGUUUUCCGAGAAUGAUUGAAGUUCCAGGAGUUCAGUCUCUCCCGAUGACAGUUCUUUUUUUAUUGAAGCAUGUGUUCCUUAUUCUAAGGAUACAUAUCGUAUUAAUGUAGAGGUUAUACACUCUGUGAGCACAUGCAAAGCCCACGAUUCUAGCUUUACGAUAACUUAAUUUGUUAUGAAAGUCAGGCUUCUUCCUCAACUUCAACCCCAAGAUUUUGACCAUCCAUUCAUUUAAAUAUAAAUCAAACAGCAAUGCUCAUUCGUUGACUUUCAACUUGUUCCGUUAAAUAUGUGGCUUCUCUUCCCAACAACAUAAAUCUGUGUAUAUAGUUCAAGAAUUUAGCUGCUUUCUGUUGGCAACAAUGUUCUUGUUUCUAUCGGCAAUCUUAAUAAUAUCCAUCAUUUUUGUGUUUAGAAGCAUAAAGGGAAGCAAAAAGGUACCGCCUGGGCAAAUGGGUCUGCCCUGGAUUGGUCAAACCAUGGCUUUCUACAGAGCCCAACGUAAAAAUAGAUUGUUCGAAGACUUUGUUGGGCCUCGAGUGGCUAAAUAUGGCAAAAUCUUCAAAACAAGUUUGAUGGGGUCGCCGACGGUGGUCAUAAAUGGAGCUGAAGCCAACAGAUUUUUCUUGUCCAAUGAGUUUAAGUUGGUGGUAAGCUCAUGGCCGGCGGCCUCUGUUCAGCUGAUGGGCGAAGAAUGCAUCAUGCAGAAGCAAGGUGAAAGCCACCGAUGUGUGCGUGGCCUUAUUGCCGCAAGCCUUGCCAGUUCGAGUCUCGAAGCAAUGAUGCCUAAAUUGUGCACUACAAUUCAGCUUCAUUUGGACACCAAAUGGGUUGGCCAUGACAUAAUUAGUCUCUACCACUCGGCAAAAGUAUUGACGUUUUCCAUAGUGUUUGAGUGUUUGAUGGGUAUCAAAGUGGAGCCACGCAUGUUGACGACAUUCGAGAGGGUUUUGGAAGGAGUUUUUGCACUACCGUUCAGUUUUCCAGGCACACGAUUUUCGAGAGCCAAGAAAGCAAGGAUGGAGAUAGGGAAAAUGCUAAGGGAGGUGGUGAGAGAGAAGAGGAGGAGAAUUGAAGAAGAGCUAGAAGAAGAAGAAUGUGAGUUGUUGCUUUCAAGGAUGGUGAGAGCAAUGAUAAGAGGGGAGAUCAGCGAAGUGGAAGUGGUGGACAAUGUGGUUUUGCUUGUUUUUGCAGCUCAUGAUACAACCUCCUUCGCCAUUGCCAUGACUUUCAAAAUGUUGGCUCAGCACCCAAGCUGCUACUCACUUCUUCUACAGGAACAUGCUGACAUAGUGAGAAGCAAGGGAGCAGGCCAGAAUUUGACGAUGGAAGAUAUAAAGAAGAUGAAAUAUACUUGGCAGGUAGCUCGUGAGAGCAUUCGACUGUUUCCUCCUAUAUUUGGUUCAUUCAGGAAAGCCAUUACAGACAUUGAAUAUGAGGGAUUUUUCAUUCCCAAGGGAUGGAAGGUCUUGUGGACGAUGUAUGGAACGCAUCUCGAAGACGAGUAUUUUGAAGAUCCAUUGAGUUUCAAGCCAAGCAGAUUUGAGGAACCUGUUUCCCAGUAUGUCUAUGUUCCAUUUGGAGGAGGGCCAAGAGCUUGUGCAGGCUACCAGCUGGCGAAAUUGAACAUCCUCAUCUUUAUACACUUGGUUGUAACUCGUUAUGAUUGGAGUUUAAUCCACCCAGAUGAGACAAUCAUAAUGGAUCCCCUCCCUAUCCCUUCUCAUGGAAUGCAAACUAAGAUUUCUCCAAAAUCAGAAGUUCGCCCCAAUGUUCAGCAAAUGUAAGCUCGUAAGAGAACAAAGACGAUGCACUUAAGAGGAUGUAAAACCUCUAGAUAUCAGACAUAGUUUACAUAAUUAUGAUUCUUUCCAACAGAAGACAUAAAGAUCUCAUAAAAGGAAACCCUUUCUACAUUUCACUAUUGUUGCCGAUCCAAGAAUACAGUCUACUAUAUUUUAACUCAGGUGUAUAACCAUAAGCUAAUGUAAUAUACGGCCAGUGGACAAAAAGAGUGAUUCUUCAGUUUUUC